AUGGUGUUCGCCCCUGAUUAUCAACCCUUCGAAAUCAGGACACUCCAGCACUUCGGCUACUGGGUGCUCGUCAACUUGGAGUCGUCACGCCGGUCACGUUUGUUGAUCCAUGAGCAGGAUUCUGCCAGCAAGUUCACUUGUCAAUUCGACUUGUUCCAGUUCGGCAGUUUAAUGGAGGAGUUUAAAUUCCCCUUGACGCACCGACUGCUGUGGAUUCAAGACAAACUUCUGUCAGCUCGGGACAAGAAUGAGGAAGUGACGGCCACGAAAGUGCUCGCGAUGCUGAAUCGGACGAAGAACUGUAAAUCGGAUGACCUGCAGAGCAUUGCAAACAUGCUUUUGUCGGCGCUUCACACUCCUGAAAUGACUGCCGAAUCGAUGCUGGUGAUGAUGAAGGAGCUGGUGCCACCCGCCCAGGUGAGGGCUUCGGAGUCAAGUGGUCUGGGAGAUUGA